AUGGAUUCGCUGCAGCAGCAAGCUUUCGAUAAUCGCCUGAUCUUGGGUGCAGGCGCGGCAGCACUCACUGGCAUACUCGGGUUCGCGACAUGGCUCUAUCGUGACUAUACCGCGUGGAUCGACUUUGGAACAGGAGGCACUCCGGCGAACGUCUCUGGCUAUGUCAGAAUCUCCAAAUUUCGAGUCUUGCGCGCUUUCCCCGGCGACGACCUCAAGGACGCCCCAACACUGUCUCAAACCGGUCCUCGUACUUACCCAAGACGCUUCCGCGCCGCGAAGGGCAGCCACCUCGAAUCAUUGAGCGCACACUACCACAGCGACACCGCGUACGAUCGCCUGCAUGCUCUGCCGAAGAAGUACGCGGACCAGUUGAGUGACGCGCUGAAGUUGGACAAAUCUGUCACCGAAGGACGCACCACCGACGCAAUCUACGCAUUACCAGCACAUCGGCAUGGCGCACACGACAAAGUGCUUGGCGACGAGAUCGCACACGUCCAUCCUGCAGAGAACUCGUUGCAUGUGUGGCUCACCGAGACGGAUACCUACAAAGUGGUGUCUGCGGGUUGGGGAGAGCGAUUUCCUCUCGCAUCGCUGGGAAUGGUGAACGCGGGUUGGACAUUCCUUUAUGCACCACGAAACAUGGAGGAAGUGGCUGUCAUUGAAGAUAUCUUCAAGGCGGGAAUCGGACAUUUGACGGGCAAGAGGCUGUGA